AAACAUCUUCCGCCUCCCAGGCAUCCUCUGCACAUCUCCUUGGGACCACAAUUACCUCCCCACUACAACUCCAGACACUCCGUACACUUACCUCCGCCACUGCCCAACACUACACCCGGAACCCAUCCCACUACAAAGCAAACUCACCAUGGACACCUUCACCCAGCUCCCCAUCCACAUGGACCCCCAAACAAAAGCCAUAACAACCACCCACCCAACCCCCGCCCUCACAACCGAACUCACAACCCUCAACGCCCUGCACAAAACCCUCCUCAGCCUCGACGGCCCCAACACCGUGCCCCCACCCCCAGUCCCCGUCAACCCGAAACGCACCGCGCAGAUCAACAAACUGCACGAAUCCGGCAACGCCGCCUUCAAAAAGGAGUCCUUUGCCGACGCAAUCAAGCUGUAUGGUCUCGCGAUCAACAUGGCGCUGCAGCGCCCGCUGUGGGAACCCAAUGGGUUGGUCAAGGAGGAGGUGGCGGGCCUGUAUGCGAAUCGGGCGCAGGCGCACAUGCAGCUGCGGGACUGGGUGGCCGGGGCGGCUGAUGCGCAGUGUAGUGUGGAGAUGAAGAGGGCGGGGAAUGGGAAGGCGUGGUGGAGGAGGGGCAGGUGUUUGCUGGAGAUGGGCCGGGUGGAGGAGGCGAGAGUUUGGACGCAGCAGGCUUUGGAGCAGGAUGGUGAGGUGGCGGAGUUGAAGCAGCUUGCAAAGGAGAUUGCGGAGAGGUUGAAGAAGUGAGGCGGCUUGGGUUGGAAAUGAGUUGUGAAGACAGAGCGGUGCAUGGGUUGGCGUUUCGAAUCGUGAGGGCUGUUCUCGAUUUUCUCUGAGUUUCAUUACGGGCUUCGAAUUGAAUGCUUCAAAUCCACGCAGCGGAAUAAAUGGGAUCACGUCAACAUCUUCAAUGAAAUAUCUUGGAAAAUACAUCGCUAGGCUGAGAUGGUUGCCCCGAGCUGCCAAAAUUUGCCCAGAACUCCGUCGUGGUACGCCUGUACAAUAUCCAUUACAGAAAUCAACUUUAGCUCGACCGAGCCACGACCAU